GUGGCGGGGAGAGCUAUGUGUGGGCAGUGCGGUAGCAAAUCUCGAGCAGGAAUGCGGGAAUCGGGUUUAUUCUAGACCCUUGCGGGAAAGAGAAGGGAGGUUCCGCCUCUUAUUUUCCCGCCUCAGCCGCCGAGAGACGCCGUCCACAUGGCCACCUCGAUGAACUUUAAAACCUAUGUGGAUCAAGCUUGCAGAGCCGCGGAAGAAUUCGCAAAUAUCUAUUAUGAAACCAUGGAUAAAAGGAGGCGGGCGUUGACCAAACUCUACCAGGAAAAAGCGACCCUCGUUUGGAAUGGGAAUGCAGUAUCUGGGCAAGCAGCACUUGCAGAAUUCUUCGAAAAGCUGCCUUCAAGCGAUUUUCAAAUUACCACUUUUGAUUGCCAGCCUGUUCAUGAGCAAGCCACAGAGAACCAUAACACGAUCCUGAUUGUGACAUACGGCUUCGUCAAAUUUGAUGGCAACGAGCAGCAGUACUUCAACCAGAGCUUCUUGCUAACAGCACAAACCACAAACAACGGCACAGUGUGGAAGAUCGCAAGCGACUGCUUCCGCUUCCAGGACUCUCCUAAUUAGUGGGCAACCGCAGUUGGGUAUAUUUUCCUCUGGACAAGCUAAUUGGCUUUCAGGAUGGCCACAGGAUGACUUUCCCUGGGUGUGGGAAAGUCCCUCCUCUUUGGAAGAACUGCAGCUUGCCAGGAAGAACUAUCAACUUCACAACAACAAAAAUAAAACUUGAAAGGAAGGGCAGUUCCUUUCAGAACAUUCGCAUUGAUGCUGUUUGGAGAGCCACCUGUUUAAUUCUAAUUGUUCCAACACUGCUGUUAUCCUAUGUUAUCGUUUGAGCUGGCUUUCAUGAAUAAGAGUAAAAGUCCUCUGCUGUUUAUUCUUAUU